AUGGAGAAGUGGAGUCUGAGGAAGAUCAUUGUCUAUAAGCCAGAGCAAGAGCCAGAGCCAGAAGAGUAUGAGGCCGUUCCUGUCAUGGGAAAGCUUCUGGUAGCCAGAAGACUCUUGAGCGCUCAAGUCCAAAACCAAAGGAAGCCCAGAGAGAGAAUCUCUUCCAUUCACGCUGUCUUGUCCAGGAGAAGGUUUGCAGUCUCAUCAUUGAUGGAGGCAGUUGCACUAAUGUGGCUAGUGAGGCCAUGGUUGAAACUUGGUCUUGUGACUCAGAAACAUCCCAAGCCAUAUCAGUUACAAUGGAUCAAUGAGACUGGAGAUAUGAGCGUGAAGGAACAGGUGCUUGUGCCACUAUCUAUAGGAAGCUAUGAAGAUGAGAUUUUGUGUGAUGUCCUGCCUAUGGAUGCUGGACACAUCAUUUGGGAAGGCCUUGGCAAUCUGAUAGGCGAGUGA